UACCCAUACACAUUACUACUUUUAGAAUCAAGCAAAAUGGAUAGAUCUUCCCACUUCUUCCUUCUUAUUACAUCACUCUUACUACUUCAAUGGUUGUUUGAUUAUAGCUCAGCCAACUUAGAUAUCAACACUGAUCUCUCUUCGCUUAUUGCUUUCAAAUCUCGAGUAUCUUUAGACCCCUCUAAUAUUUUGACCAAAAAUUGGAGCAGUGAGAGCAAUGUCUGUAGUUGGAUCGGAGUUACUUGUGAUUCUCAUAAACAAAGGGUGACUCAGUUGAAUCUAUCAUCCAUGGGUCUUGUAGGAACCAUUCCACCAGAAAUCGGAAAUCUUUCUCUUCUUGUCUAUUUAGAUUUGAGCCAGAAUUCUUUUCAUGGUCCUAUUCCCCAUUCUAUUUUCAACAUGUCAUAUUUAGAACAUUUAAAUUUAAAUUAUAAUAAUUUGUCUGGUCGCUUGCCUCUUGAUAUGUGCAAACACAAUCUCGAUAGACUCGUAUUUCUUCGUAUUUCUUACAACAAGUUGUAUGGGGAAAUACCACCGAGUGUGAAUCAGUGUAAGCAGCUUGUGUAUCUUACAUUGUACAAUAACAGUUUAAGUGGAUUUGUGCCUAGAGAAAUUGGGAACUUGACUAAGCUUCAAUUAGUGAACCUUGGUGCAAAUAGGUUGACUGGUAAUAUUCCAAGAGAAAUUGGAAACUUGACAAUGCUUCAAUUAUUAAGCCUUGAUGGAAAUAAGUUGACUGGUGAUAUCCCAAAAGAGAUGGGAAACAUUACAUCCCUUCGCCAACUAAAGCUGAACAUCAAUAAUUUAAGUGGUAAUAUUCCAAAAGAAAUUGGACAUCUUAAUAAUUUGGAGAUACUCAACAUCGCAACCAACAAUAUUAGUGGACCAUUGCCGAGAGAAAUUGGAAAUCUCACUGGCCUUCGAGAGUUAUGGCUUUUCAAAAAUAAUUUAAAUGGUGAUAUUCCAAAAGAAAUAUUUCUUCUCAACAAUUUAUUGGAAUUAAACAUUGGAACCAACCAACUUGUUGGAUCAUUGCCUAGAGAAAUUGGUAACACAACCAUUCAAAAUCUGUGGCUUGAUUUCAAUAAUUUAACCGGUCCUUUACCAUCUACCUUUGUGAGUCAAUCAACGCUGGUCACCUUAGCACUCUUUUCCAACAACUUAAGUGGGGAGAUUCCGCCAUCCAUUUGCUACAUGAGAUCUCUCCAAACCCUCCUUUUAUCAUACAAUAAACUGGAAGGAGCACUCCCAGAUUGUCUUGGAAACUUGAGCACAUCUCUGUUAAUCUUCCAUUUGAAUGAAAAUAAACUUAGUGGCCUCAUCCCAUCAAAAUUUACAAAGGAUUGCAGUCUUCAGUCAAUCAAUUUGAAUAGAAACAAAUUGGAAGGAACAUUUCCCCAAACCCUAAUCAAUUGCCAAAACCUGCUUGCCAUCGACAUUGGUGAUAAUGAAAUACGAGAUGGAUUUCCCUUUUGGAUGGAAAUACUCCCUCAACUUCGCGUCCUCGUCUUGAGGUCAAAUAAGUUCAAUGGCUCCAUGUUGGUGGCUUCGAAGUCAUACACUGAGAAACCGUUUCCAAAGUUGCAAGUCUUGGAUGUAUCACAUAAUGAAUUUAUUGGCUUUCUACCUGAUAGGUAUUUCAAGAACUUUCGAAGUAUGAUAGAUGCCAAGGAAAACCAGACCGAUGACGGGGUAGACGGUUUUCUGGACUUCAUAGAUUUGACGCUCACAUUGAAAGGAUUGGAUCAGUUAUUGCAGCGACUGCUCACAAGCUUUACAGCUAUCGACUUGUCAACCAACAGAUUCUCUGGGAGCAUUCCACCUUCUCUAGGGAAUCUUUAUUCUCUGAGAUACUUGAAUUUGUCUUACAAUACCAUAGGAGGACAUAUACUGCCAUCUUUUGGAAGUUUGAGUUUGCUCGAGUCGUUGGACUUGUCUUCGAACAAACUGGAUGGGGAAAUUCCGCGUGAAUUGGCAAAGUUGACAUUUCUUGCGAAGUUAAACCUUUCGAUGAAUAAUCUUGAGGGUCAAAUACCACAGUCUACUCAACUUUCCACAUUUGAUAAUGAAUCAUACGUGGGAAAUGUAGGAUUGUGUGGAUUUCCAUUGACAAAAUCGUGUGGGGGGAGCAACAAAAAACCAUUGUUUCCUCAAGAAGACGAUGAUGCAUAUGAAUUUAUAGAUGGAUUUGGUUGGCGAAGUGUGGUGAUGGGGUAUGGAUGUGGAUUUGUAGUUGGAAUUGGAAUUGGUUACAUGAUUAUAAGAAGCGGAAAGCCAAAAUGGUUAGUGAAAUUCUUUUUUUGGCGUCGGUUAUAAUAAUAGUAAGAUGAAGAGAAGAAAUAGAGCUAAAGCAAAAACAAGGAGAAGGUGAUUCAAGACAAACAUUGUGCUUUUCUUUAGUUUCAUUUGUAACACUAGCAUGUUGUGUGUAUGAUGUUUUGCGAAUAAUGCAUCUUGAGUUAUGCAAUGUUGUAUUUCUAAGUUAGGCUAAUUUGUUCA